AUGCCCGAGGAGAUGGUUGCCUAUACAAGGACCUUAGACCUUAGUGACUCAACCGAGGCCUGCACUGUCCUGAAGGCGAAAAAUUACUCUAGGCCCUCCUAG